CCACGACAUUUCGGCCUUGGACCCUGAAUCGGGUAACUCGGGUCCGAGGGUGAAAUCUUGAAGGAACCCUUUGGCCUCGCCGUCUUCAGACUAACUCGUCUUCUAAUUUCAUCAAAAUCAACGAAAUUCUCUUCCUUCGUCUCCUCAAAUUCUCCCUCUCUCUCUCUCUGUCUCUCUCUCUCUUUCCGUCUUUGAUCAUUUCGAGCGUUGAAGGAUCUGAUUCUCCUUUUUCUUCAACAAUCUUGGCCGUCCACUGAACCAGGAAGUUGUAUUUGUUGGUAAGAGAUACAGAUCGUUUGUAUAAUUUUUUUAUGAAAUAUGGGAGAAAACAAUUCACCACCUGAGUCUUUGAAAGAGAACCUGGAUCAAAAUGCGGACGCAAACCUGGUUGCUAAAGAUGUUAGCACAUUGGAAACCAUAGGUAGGCAGAUUCAGGACUUAAUGUCUAUGGGCAAGAAACACAAGUUUUGGGAGACCCAACCUGUUGGUCAGUUUAAGGAUGUUGGGGACAGUAGCUUGCUGGAGGGUCCUAUCGAGCCUCCAACCCCGUUAACAGAGGUUAAACAGGAGCCAUACAAUCUUCCAAGUCAGUAUGAGUGGACAACUUGUGAUAUGAAUUCUGAAGAGACUUGUACUGAGGUUUACAAUCUCUUGAAGAAUAAUUAUGUUGAGGACGAUGAGAAUAUGUUUAGGUUUAACUACUCCAAGGAGUUUAUUAGGUGGGCACUUCGCCCACCGGGUUAUUAUCCCAGCUGGCAUAUUGGUGUUCGUGCCAAAGCUUCCAAGAAGCUUGUUGCUCUUAUUACCGGUGUCCCUGCAAGAAUUAGGGUACGUGAUGAAGUUGUGAAAAUGGCGGAGAUCAAUUUCUUGUGUGUUCAUAAGAAGCUUAGAUCUAAGAGACUGGCUCCUGUAAUGAUUAAAGAGGUUACAAGAAGGGUUCAUUUGGAGAAUAUAUGGCAGGCGGCUUAUACUGCUGGAGUGGUUCUUCCAACACCUAUAACAACUUGCCAGUAUUGGCAUAGGUCAUUGAACCCCAAGAAACUUAUUGAUGUUGGUUUCUCAAGGCUUGGUGCAAGGAUGACAAUGAGCCGAACCAUAAAGCUUUACAAGUUACCAGAUUCUCCAGUUACCCCUGGAUUCAGAAAAAUGGAGCUUUGUGAUGUACCUGCUGUUACUCGGUUGAUUAGGAAAUACUUGAGCCAGUUUGUUGUUGCUCCAGAUUUUGAUGAGAAUGAUAUUGAGCACUGGCUUCUUCCCACUGAGGAUGUGGUGGAUAGUUACUUGGUUGAGAGCCCAGAGUCUCAUGAGAUAACUGAUUUCUGCAGCUUCUACACUCUUCCUUCCUCUAUACUUGGUAAUCAAACAUAUUCAACCUUGAAAGCUGCUUAUUCAUACUAUAAUGUCUCCACAAAGACUCCAUUGCUUCAGUUGAUGAAUGAUGCCCUCAUUGUUGCCAGACAGAAGGAUUUUGAUGUCUUCAAUGCCUUGGAUGUUAUGCAUAAUGAAACUUUCCUGAAAGAGCUGAAAUUUGGACCAGGUGAUGGGCAACUUCACUAUUAUCUUUAUAAUUAUCGGUUGAGAAAUGCCUUGAAAUCAUCAGAACUUGGACUCGUACUUUUGUAGUCUUCCAAUACCGAUUCUGUGAUUUUUUUUGCCAAGUAGUGUGGUUUUGCUUUCAUAUAUGUCAUUCCUCUGCAUCAGCAACAAAGUGACAGAUUUUGCUGCUCAGGUGACAUUAUAUUUUAUGGGGUUUUUGAGCAUAAGCUGUGAAGAAAUUAAACAUUAUUGUUGUUGACAAUGCGAAUUGUUUAUUGGACGCAAAUAAUACUGAGGUUUUGUCUUUUUUUAUUUCCAA